AGUAGACGUCUGUGACUGCCGCUGAGUAGUUUGGUUGUUGUAUUUUCUUUCAUAAAAAAAAAAUCUAAUCAAAAAGGGAAAUUGAGGCUUUUGUAUCAGAGUGGAAUAGGAGCAAAUAAAAAAUUUUGUGCUUGAGCAAGCAAGAAAAAAAAAUUUCACGUAUUAAGCAUUAAGCCGAAAAAUCAAUUUUUGUCAAAAUAAAAUAAAAAAUUUGAAAAAUCAGAAAAAAAUUUGUAAAUUUAAAUAAAAAAAAACAUUUGACAUUUAAAAGUCAAAAAAAAAUUAAGGCAUUUUACUGUUUAGUGGAUUGUAUAAUUCAAUUGAUUUGUGAUCAAAUUCCUAUCAAGCGUGAGAAAAGAAUUAGAGGAAGAGCAGCCAAAAAGUGAAAAUAAAUUGAAUAAAGCAAAAAAGGAUAUAUGUGUGCACAUGAAAAUGAAGAAUUUAAAUUGGAAAAUUCGUGAAAAAACAAACAGAAUGUAAUGUGAUUGAGUGUUUUAUGCUAUUCAAUCGCAUGUCAAUAUAGGAAAAAUAUACAUAUACAGAAAGCAAACGAGAAGAGAAACUUAAAUUUUAGUGUACAUUAUAACGAAUUGAAUGCUUAGCGUUGCAUAAAAUGCAUCAAUAGAGUAAAUAGAAAUUGAAGAUAGGAAAACGUGGAAACAUUUUUUAUUAAGAGAAGGAGGAACUGACGUUCAUCAUCAAUAUUCAAAACGAGGAAGAAUAUUUAAAUAUAAAGUGAGAUAAUAACGGUAAAAGUUUUAUUGUGUCGGUGUCGUGCGGGCAAAGUGAAGAUAUAGUGGUAGCAAGGAGAAGGAAGAGAUAAAAGAUUGAAAGAAAAAAAAAACUACAUAAAUAACAAAGGAUAGUAGGAGCAAGAACUGCAAAUUCCAACAACAGACAACUAGUAGCAUAUAUGUUGAAAAAUUGAAUCAAAUGAUAGAAUUUGCAAGCUGAACGACAGUCAAAAAACGUGCGAGAGAGAGAAAGAUCAAUGAAAAUAAAAAUGGCAGCAUUAAGUCACAUGCUUUAUACAAUAAUUCUCCUAUAUCUAUGUGCUAUACCGAUAGAGAGUCGUCAUCGUGAACGAGAUCGUAAGAAACAUCGCGAGCCAUCAUCACUUGCAUCCCAGCAACAUCAUAUUAUCGAGUCAAAAGUCAUGCCAAUUAAUUUAUGUUCGAAGCAACGUGAUAUGAAGCUGAUGUGUCAUUGUACGCCGGAUAAUAAUGACAAUGGUAAAGCACAUAAAGCAGAAUGCUGGAUAUUUCGUUCUGAUUUGUCAAUUCGUGAUCCAGAUUGGACAGCAUUUCAUACACAAACCCAAUUACAAAGUUUAGUGUUUUCAGUUCACGGUUCUGGUAAUUUAUCUUUCAUUCCUACAUCUGUCAUUCAACCGUUGAAACACUUGGAGAAAUUGACAAUCGAAUACGCUCAAAUUCAUGAAAUAUUUGGUUUCGCGUUUGGCAAUUUUACACGAAUACACAAUAUUUCACUACCAAAUAAUCAAAUUAGAGUCAUCAGUGCAUAUGCAUUCGCAAAUCAUAUGGAGCUACAAGAACUAAACAUAUGUCGUAAUGAAAUUUAUGAGAUUGAUCCAUUUGCAUUUAUCAACUUACCGAAUUUGAGUCGCUUGAAUUUAGAGCGUAACCGCAUCGAGAUGUUACAUGAAGAUACAUUUGAGAAUCUCGAUAAAUUGAGUGAACUCUCAUUAAGUCACAAUAUUAUUGAUGUGAUAACGCGCGAGACUUUCAAGGGUAUCGGUAAUCUAUGGAUCCUGAAGCUUGACAACAACAAAUUGAGAUAUUUGGGUGACAACAUGUUCUCUGAACUCUGGAGUCUCAUUGAAUUAGAUUUGGGUCACAAUGUUAUUGAGAUUAUAACCGGAAGGGCAUUUGAUGGACUGAAUAAUUUAAAACGAUUAAAGCUCGACUAUAAUAGAAUGAAAUCUCUUGAACCAGGAACAUUCGCACCGACACCUGCAUUAACAUACUUAAAUCUCAUGAGAAAUUCAUUGGAAUCUAUCACCAUGAUCACAAUACAACCCCUGAUGAAUAAUCUCGUUAAUCACACUAGCAUGAUGCUCAUCAAAGAUAACGACUUCAUUUGUGAUUGCCGACUCGCAUGGAUUUAUGAUUUGAGAAAUCUCACAAAAAAUUUUGAAUUAAGAUAUUCAUUAGAGGAGGUUGAAUGUCGAAAGCCGAGGGAAGAAAAGCCAAGUUUGGAUGUGGGAUAUGAAAAUGUUUUGAAGCAGCAAAAUGACUACAGUGAUGACGAAAGUAAUGACGAUGAGAAAGUUAAUUUGCUUACUCUACAGAAGCGUGAAUUACCAUGUCCACAAGAAUAUCGUGAACAGUUUGAGCAUCCAUCAACACGUGAAUUUAUUGGCUUCGAUUUAAGUUGGAUACGUUCAUCAGCAACUAAGAUAUGUAGUCAAUCUUUAUGGAUUUUAAUUUUGGCUUUAGUAUCACAUAGUUACUGCACAUUAACUGCUUACCUUCGAUAAUUCAACAGGCAUAAGAGACAAAAGAAAAUGUAAGAAAAAACAAAUUUUAAUAUUAAAAUGCUAUAGCAACUGGUGUCACUCUAUUAUCACGCAUAAUGAAUAUGAAAAUGAGUGUGUGAUGCAUGAAGAAGACUUUUUAACGUAAGCUUUGUAAGAGAAAGAAAAAUUAUUUUUGGGCUAUUAAUUGAGACAAGUUUAAGGAAUAAAAAUUUAUUUUAAUUAUACACAAGGGAAUAGGAUCAGACUAGUUAUGUGUUUAACUAUGAAUUGUUUGGUAGUUAAUAGUGUGAGGGAAAGUUGUGAGGGAAAAUUAUAAAGUUAAUAAAUUUUAAUAAUAAAUUAAUUAAGAAGUUCAAACUUUAAAACAGCACCUGAAUCCAACUUCUUCAGAAUACUAUGAUAAUGUCUUAACAGGUCUACAGCGAGAUACAUUUUAAGUAAAGGACAUUUCUAAUUUUUUAUGAAAUUUUAAAACAACUGGGAAAAAAUAACUUCUCUGAAAAUUCAAAACAGUCCUUCGACAGUUCUAGCAGCAUAGUUUUAAGGCAGUGUUUUCCAAACUGUGCUGUGCUACAUACUAUUUUAACACUAGUCCUUAACAGACAAAUGAAUAUACUCUUGGGACCAUAACAUAUUCAAAAAAAAAUAUGUUUAGAACAUACUC